ACCCUUAAAUCUCGACUCUCCAGUCUACUGCCGCCCUCCCCUCCCCUUCACCAUUCCGCCUCUCCUCUGGUACAUACGUGCGCCUCCCACCGCUCGACCCUCUGCUCUUCACGCUGUCAACGUCAUUGCUGCCUCCGUGCUGCUUGCUGGGUUAGCUGGUCCUGGUUGAUUCUUUGCUCUUCUCCGCCGCUUCCUCUGGUCCUCGUCGCUGCGUCCGCUGGUCCAGUCUUGCUGUCCGGUUCUGCUCCUCGCUGCGUUCUCUCUCACUGAAGCUUCGCUCUCUCUAUCAAAAGGUUCCCCACUUCGAGAAAUGUUGCGUCGAAACAUUCGAUUAAGGAGAGAGUAUUUGUACAGGAAGAGCUUAGAAGGCAAAGAGCGAUUGCUCUACGAGAAAAAACGCAAAAUAAAAGAAGCCUUAGCUGAGGGAAAGCCCAUUCCUACUGAGCUCAGAAACGAGGAGGCCGCACUUCGCCAAGAAAUCGAUCUCGAGGAUGAAAUCACCGCAAUUCCAAAGACUCAUAUUGAUGAUGAGUAUGCAAAUGCAACUGAAAGAGAUCCUAAAAUUUUGCUUACUACCUCUCGCAAUCCCAGUGCUCCGCUCAUACAAUUUGUAAAGGAAUUAAAGUUUGUCUUUCCCAAUGCAGAACGUAUCAAUCGUGGUGGUCAGGUUAUUUCUGAAAUUAUUGAAAGUUGCCGCGCGCAUGAUUAUACAGAUAUCAUUUUGGUUCACGAGCAUCGUGGUGUGCCUGAUGGUUUAAUUAUAAGCCAUUUACCUUUUGGUCCAACUGCUUAUUUUGGAUUGCUCAAUGUGGUUACUAGACAUGACAUCAAGGACAAGAAAGCAAUUGGAACAAUGCCAGAGGCUUACCCGCAUUUGAUUCUGAACAAUUUUAAAACAAAGCUGGGGGAAAGGACAGCUAAUAUUUUAAAGCAUCUUUUCCCAAUGCCGAAGCCAGACACGAAACGAAUUAUCACUUUUGCAAAUCAGUCUGACUAUAUUUCAUUCAGGCACCAUAUCUAUGAAAAGCAUGGAGGUCCCAAGUCUGUUGAGCUCAAGGAGAUUGGUCCCCGGUUUGAAAUGCGGCUUUAUCAGAUAAAAUUGGGAACAAUGGAUCAGAGUGAAGCCCAGAUUGAGUGGGUGAUUCGACCAUACAUGAACACAUCUAAGAAACGGAAGUUUCUUGGGGAUUGACACAACCUCUAAACCUUCAAAUAUUGCACCUUUUUCCUCUGUAUUUUUGGCAAAUUCUGAAUAGAAUAUUCUUAAGCUAACCGAGUCUUUAUUAUUAAAAUGUUAUUGUUCUA